UGCGAGACUAAACUGAAUUCAUACUAACUCCUUCUUCCCCUCAACCUUUUUAUCUGUGCUGUCUUUCUCUUUCUCGUGCGGGCUUUUUUUUGUCUUUUGAUCUGUCUCUCCCUUCCUAUCUUUUCGUUCCUCACCUGCCGGGUCUCUAUCUCCGCUCGUUCAUCCGCUGUUUCCUCCCCUUGUUCCUUCUCUGCGUCCUUUCUCUACACCCCUCUUGACUCUCCCUCCCUCCCUCCUUCCUUCCUAGCGCGUCAUGUCAUCGUCCUUGUCUCCGCAAUGAUCGAGUCAGUGGAUUUGUGGGCGGAGAACUACUAUAUCUCCUAUCAUCCGCACCAUCGUACCCGGUGGAGCACCCUCUUUCUUGCUUUCCUUCUUACUUAAUUCUUUCCUUCUCUCUCGGUUUUUUCUCGAUCAUUUCGACCCUAAUGCCCCUGUGGAGUGUCUAUCGUAAUAUAAUCCCACCAUGGCCCUGAACUGGACGGCAUGGAAGGCCAAGUGGCUGUUGUUGCGGCGUCGGCGAUCGGCCGUUCAGGAUCAUCUGCCACCCGAGGCCGACACCGCCAAGAAUCCGCAUCAUCACAAUCAUCCGCCGUCUUCUUCCUCCAACAACUUCUUCCUCUUCCACUCCUCCCCCUCCUCCCCCUCUCCUCCCUCCAUCGCCUCACGUCCUCGACCACAGUCCGCCUCCCCUCGUGAUCUUGACUCCGCCUCACUUCUCUCGGGUCUCUCGUCUUCCGCCGCCUCCCUCCAGACCGCCCCUGGUUCCGUCGAGGCCGAUCAUCCCUCCUCGCCCUCCUCCUCCGACCCCCGCCGUCUCCGCUACUACGGAGGCUCCUCCUCCCUUCACGACCCCCUUAAUGAUCGUCUACCCGAGGACGACUCGUCUCGACGCCCCAAGUCUCUCCCUGUUAAGGGCCUGACCCCGUCGGUCGCCGUCACCCCGCCCCCGCCGCCGCCACCACCGUCCUCCUCUGUCGAUCCUCCGGCCCGCCCGCACCGCAAACCAUCGGACUCGAUCGGUCCUGCGGCCCAGCAGCGGACCUCCCCGAAGAAAAAAGCCGCGGCGUCGUCUCCCCCCCGACUCCCCCAAUCUCGCAUCCCCCCCGUCGCCGCGCGUUCGCCCCGCCCCAGCCUCGGUGUACGUCGACAGUCUCUCCUGGCGCUGCCCAACCCGCAGCUGAUCACGAACCUGCUGGGCCCCGGCAUCGCUUUCGACACCGACAGUACCGAGAGCGCCAGUUUCGACACCGUCGCGGCGCCGGAGUCGACGAUGCCCCGCAAGGUCUGGGUCAAGCGCCCCGGGGGCUCGGCCACCUUGGUCCCCUUCGCCCCGGACGCCGUCGUCGAUGAGCUGCGGGACCAAGUCAUCCUCAAGUAUGCCAAUUCGCUGGGCAAGGCCUUUGACGCCCCGGACGUCGUCAUCCGCAUCACCCCGCGCGAUGGCAUCACCCCCGAGCGCAUUCUGAGCCCCGAGGAGCCGCUCACCAGCAUCCUGGACAACUACUACCCCGGCGGCCAGAUGGUCGAGGAGGCCCUCGUCAUCGACAUCCUCCAGCGCAACACCCCCAAACCCUCGCCGCGCCACACGGUUUACUAUCACCACGAGCCGGGGGACCAUGGCGAGUACUUUCCCAUCAUGCCCGCCAACCCCAAUGUCGCCACGCCGCCCGCCCAUCCGUCCUCGGCCACCGGCCCUGUCAACCCCCACACGGCCCCCUCCAUCUCCAUUCUCACGACAGGGAUGCCGCCUCCCCUGCCGUCCCCGGGUAGCCGCGGCAAUCGGCACAGCCGUCGACCGCCGCUCACGCGACAUGCGACAAACUCGCCUACUAUCAUCGGCCAACCCGCCAGUGCGAAAGAUACCCCAACCAGUACCGUUCCGGCCCAAUCCACGCCGCCCGUCCCGGUCCCACCGGGUCCGCCGCCGGCGGUGGAGUCGCCGCAGACCCAGACCAUGACUCCCCCGACUCGCGGAUCCUCGCCCCGCCCUCGUCCCCCGACGAAGACGAAGAAGAGCAUUCACCGGGAGUCCGUGGGCGGCGCGUUUGGCGGGCUGAUCGAGGGCACCGUGCCGCCCAUCAACGUGCUGAUCGUGGAGGACAACAUCAUCAACCAGCGGUUGCUGGAAGCUUUUAUGAAGCGGCUCAGUGUGCGGUGGAAGUGUGCCGCUAACGGAGAAGAGGCGGUGACCAAGUGGCGCCAGGGGGGGUUCCAUCUCGUCCUGAUGGACAUCCAGCUACCCGUGAUGAACGGGUUAGAUGCCACCAAGGAAAUCCGCCGACUCGAACGUUUGAAUGGCAUUGGAGUAUUCCCCAAGACGGCGUCGGGACGCUCCAGCGCGGCCAGUGCGACCACCAAGUCCCCGCAGGAGUUGGAUGGGGGGUCCUACCUGUCUCUCAAGAAGGAGGACAACCUCCAUGACCUCUCCCUCUUCAAGAGUCCUGUCAUCAUCGUGGCCUUGACGGCGAGCAGUUUGCAGAGUGACCGUCACGAGGCGUUGGCGGCGGGUUGCAAUGAUUUUUUGACUAAGCCUGUCCGGUUCGAGUGGUUACAGCAAAAGGUGACGGAAUGGGGCUGCAUGCAAGCACUGAUCGAUUUCGAAGGUUGGCGGAAAUGGCGCGGGUAUGUGGAUGACAAGCAACCUACCGUCAUCGACAGCGACGCCAGUCCAAUGCGAAUCGGCAACGACCCGUCAACAUCAUCCUCCAAUGGCGACCGGGAGCCGGAGCGGGAUCUGAAGCCAAAGUCGAAGCCGCCAGCCAGCAACGGCGUCCAAGACUCGUUGGUCGCUGGACCCGUACUAUCGGACCUCAGUCGGGAAGAUUCAGGUAGUACCAACGGGGAGACCAUGGAUAUGGCAACGAGUCCGACGACGCGUGUGGAGGAUACCGCGUAGAUUCUUUCCAUCUUUUACCUCUCUUAUGUCGACACUGUCGUUGUCUAUGUUUUGUUGUUCUUGUUUUGUUCUCUUCAGGGUAGAUGCUUGUGUCUACUAACGGAUACCCAGCAUCGCGCAUUUAUGCGUUGUGCAUUAUGCAUUAUGCAUUUAUACAACUCAUUUUUUCUUUUCUUCUUUUCUUCAUCUUGGGGAUUGUUAGGGGUGUAGGUGGUGGUGUUUGGGGGUAUAUUAUAAUAUAUCUAGUUAUAUAUUUACAUAUAGUAUAGUUAAAUAUCGUUUAGUAUCAUACUCCCUA